UGGAUCAGUAGAGUUUUGCGACCGUGUUUUGCUGCCGUUUGUUUGGGUCCGGUUUUGCAAUGUUUUGUGCAUCGAAAUGUGUACGUAUGACGACUUGUCAGUCCACUGUGUUGUGAAUGUUUUCCUUCCAGUGCUGUGAAUGUGAUGUUUUUCUUCACUUGACACCCGGUGCACAAACCCCGUAUGAGAUCGAGACUGACAUCUGCAGUGAUGCCCUCGAAAGUGUUGAAUGUGACGGAUGACCUUAAACCAUGGGUGUAACAGCAAAGACAUCACCGAUGAACAUGCAAAGCGUGGAGCAGUCAUCACCAUGUAGAUCCUUCACCAAGACCGUCAUCUCUCCUGGAUCAGGAUUGGUCAGACCCAAUGAAGGAUCAAUGUGCACCGUGCAGAUCAGUCAAUCGGGCGACUCGACCCAUCUCGACGAGGCUCUGAUUGGAUACCCACUUGGCGAGGAGACGGUGAUUUGUCUCGGUUUCGGAGAAGGCCUGGUUUCUCACAUCGUCGAUGCUUGUCUUGAGAUGAUGUUGCCAGGAGAGACGUGUAAGAUGGAGGUUGCCCUGGAAACGAUGCGGGAAAUUGCAUCGAGGCAGCAAAGUAUCAUGAAAGUGGACAGUGAAUCAUUGCUACAGCAACCAGCUGUGUUGCAGAUAGAACUGAAGUCACUCGUACGAGGCAAAGACAUUCACGAAAUGACCGUCGAUGACAAGUUUGAAAGAGCCGCCAAGUUCAAAACCAAAGGAAGCAGAUGCUUCAGUUGUGGUAAACUACAGAAAGCUGAAACCUUCUACCUCAGAGCGCUGAAAUACAUCAUAACAAUCGACGCACCGGAACUUGAUGACGAAACCGACGCAACAAGAGAGAAAUUCAACGCACUGAAGUGUGCUUGCCUGUUGAACGUGGCUGCCUGCAAGCUCAAGUACAAAUGCUACGAGCACGUUGUUUCUCACUGCACUAAAGCCUUAGCAGUUGACGGAAACAAUCCCAAGGGGUAUUUCCGGAGAGGAAUAGCGUACAUGGAACUGCAGGACUACGAGAAGGCAAAAGCAGAUUUUGACCAAGCGGUGCGCUUCGAACCAACAAGUAAGCCGUUGAAGCAACAGAGACAAAUUCUACUGGACAGAAUGAAGACUCUGGAUGCCAAGUAUGCCAAAGCAAUGAGCAAGAUGUUUGGUGGACAAUGAAACAAAGAUGACAUUCUUUCACUUUAUAUCUAACUUUGCAAUGAAGUUGCUGAUGUGGUCGUAUUUGAGGUCAGGAGAUCAGACACUUAGUCUUGGGCUAGACGUUGUUAUGGUUUUUUCCGGUUUGAUACGCGAUAAUCCGCCGCAGCAAGAGGGUGUUAUCACGACCAACCAAUAUCACCCACGAACCCAUCGGAACGUCUAGGAAAAUUUGUAAAAUCUUCCCCCUGAAA